AUGGCUUCGACGGAGACAGCGCCGGCGCGGACUCAGAACUUGUCUACGCUUUUGGAGAAUCUCAAUACCUGUCUAGGAGGCGCAGCCUCAUCUCUGCCGACCCCUCGCAAAGAUGCACCCUCCGACGUCUCGAUCGAGCCCCCACAAGAUGGCAUCUCGCUCCUCGAUACUAAGAGCGAAAUCCUCCUUUCGUACCUCCACAACCUAGUUUUCUUGAUCAUAUUUCAAUUACGACAAACCUCUUCGAAGAAAAGCACCGAGACCGCCGACAAAUCUCUCGGUGACGAGGCAGUGAAAAAGCUGGUCGAGCUCCGCGUCUUUUUGGAUCGCGGUGUCCGCCCGCUGGAGGGACGGUUGAAGUACCAGGUCGACAAGGUCAUCAAGGCCGCAGAGGAUGCCGAACGGACCGAACGUCCUGUUAAGUCGAGCAAAUCGAAGAAGGCCACGAAGACCGAUGGUUCAGACAGCGAGGAAGCGUCCUCCGACGAGGCAGACAGUGGCAGUGACGAUGAUAGCGAUGCGGAGGAUGAGGAAGAUCUGGAUGAAAUGGCAUUCCGACCCAAUGUGGGCGCAUUCGCCAAGGCCAAGGCCGAGCCCAAGCAGCUCCAGAGCAAAUCCACCAAAGACGCCCGAGACACACCUAAUGAUGGCAUCUACCGCCCUCCGAGAAUCAUGCCCACUGCUCUUCCCACAACUGAAUCCGAGCGCCGUGAGCGCGAAGAUCGCCGGCCCCGUCGGUCCAACGUCAUUGAUGAAUUCGUCAGCGCCGAAAUGUCGUCCGCCCCAAUGGCCGAGCCUAGUAUUGGAAGCACCAUUAUCGACGGUGGACGCAAGACCAAAUCCAAGAGAGACCGCGAUCGUGAGAAUGAGCGAACUACGUACGAAGAAACAAAUUUUGUUCGACUCCCCAAGGAGACCAAGAAGGAGAUCGCAAAACGGGGUGGCGGCCGCCGGGACACUACGUUUGGUGGAGAUGAGUGGCGUGGACUCACUGAGGGCGCUGAUCGCAUUGAACGCCUUACUAGGCGGGCCAAGAGUGGAGGUGCCGCACUGGAGAAGAGUCGGAAAAGAAAGGCGAACGAGCGCAGUGACGGCGCGGGGAUGGGAGAGAUGUUCGACAAGCGCCGCAAGAAGAUCGAUACCUGGAAACGAUAG